AUGGCGAUUGGCACUGAAGAAGAUAAUACAACAGCUCGUACAUCAGCUACUAACACUUUUGGGAACUCUGCUCUAGCUGGUUCUGGUUCGUCAUUUCUUUUUAUCGAUCACAAUCACCCACUGUACCUACAACCAACUGACAUACCAAGUAGUUCUCUAGUCUCUAUUCAAUUGACUGGAUCUGAUAACUAUGCCUUGUGGAGUUGUGCUAUGAGAAUUGGUCUACUAGGUAAAAGUAAGUUAGGUUUUGUUGAUGGAAAGUUUCCAAAGUCUAAAUUUGAACCAGAACUUCAUGAUCUGUGGGAAAAGGUUAAUGCUGUUGUGUUGUUAUGGAUAAUGAAUGCUGUGAGACCUGGUUUGUUGAGUAGUGUGUUAUAUGAAUCUAGUGCUCAUAAGGUGUGGGGAGAUCUAAAAGAAAGGUUCGACAAAGUGAAUGACUCUAGAGUAUUGUUCCUUCAUAAAGAAAUGCACAAUUUGACGCAAGGAACUAUGACUGUAGCAGAUUACUUCUCAAAACUGAGAGAUUUAUGGGAUGGGUUUGAUGCUCUAAUGCCUUGCUCAGGGUGUCCAUGUCCUGAGUCCAAGCUAUAUGCUCAGCACUUUGAGGCUCACAGACUGCUGCAGUUUCUUACUGGCUUGAAUGAUUCCUAUGCACAGUCUAAAAGUCAAAUUAUGAUGAUGACUCCAGUGCCUACUAUUAACAAGGUUUAUUCACUCCUUGCUGAUCAAGAGAGUAAUCCAAGUUUUGCAGCAGAGGAAGAGCACAUCAGAUAUGAAACUCAACUGAACACUGGACCUCAUCAUCAAAAGGGAUUCACUUCAGCUAAUCCUAUAACACCACAAAUGACACAAACACAACCAUUUUUUACUCAGGAGCAAUACCAACAGAUUGUUCUAAUGCUUUCACAAGAAAGUGCAGAAGGUUCUGGCUCAUCUAGCAAAAUAGUUGCUGCAGGUAUUCUAACUCAUGUGAAUGCAUUUGUGUCUCAGUGUAUCAAUAGUGAUUGGAUAAUUGACACUGGAGCCUCAAAUCAUAUGACAUCUAGAUUUGAGUUACUCUUAGUAGUAACUCAAACACAUAAGUCACUUCCUACAACAAAGAAAAAUAUAGUUCAUCUUCCUAAUGGUAAUGCAAUGCUAAUCUCACACAUAUGUAGUACAUCUGUGUUGGACAAUCAGAAGAUUUAUAAUGUGCUCUACAUUCCAGACUUUAAGUUCAAUUUACUCUUAGUUUCACAACUCACCAGGGAACUAAAGUGUAUGGUAGGCUUCUUUCCUGACUUUUGUAUUUUUCAGAAUCUUUACAGUGGUCAAGUGAAAGAGAUUGGUAGAGAGGAACAUGGACUUUAUGUGCUUAAAGGAGGUGUUUCAGAAUAA